AUGCGACGGCGCUGUUUUACCGCGUUUAUGUUAUUUUCAUUAUUAUUAUUAUUAUUAUUAUCAUUAACAUCAGUGAACGGUGUUCAAAAUACUUAUGGGAGCGUUUCCGGAGACCGACUUUGUGCCUGUCCAUACACUUGCAUAACAACAAACGAAUGUGCGGCUCGACAUGCGACCAGAGGUACGGAACAGGUUCUUUUUCGCUGCGGUGAAAAGGGUAAAAUAUGUUGUCCGCCUAAAAAUUCAAAACCUAAACCUUUUAGAAGACGCGAAGUGAACAAUAGAAGGUACGAAGACAACUGUCCGGAUGAAUUGGACUCGUUUCCUACGACCCCCACGGAAAAUAAUUUGAAAAAAUUCAAAAAAGGAAACAAUAACGCGACCACUCAAGAAACAAAUUAUUUCCUUGUUCCGUCCGGCAUUUACGUUCACACUGAUGAUAAUUUAAAAAACCAGAAAAAACCGACUUUACCACCCGAGACAUCCGCACCAGGGAGACCUCCUUCCGCUCAAGUAUCCUCAUUUCGUCCUCAACCUCUUCUCCAACCUAUAAGUUUGAAAAAAAAACCUCCUAAAAUUUCAUUGACUUCUCAUCGAAAUUUUAAAUUAUUACCCUCGGAAUCUCAUUGCGGUGUUAAUAAUUUUGCAAAUAGAAUCACCGAAGGCGAAGAAGUAUCUCUUGGUGAAUAUCCUUGGAUGGCUUUGACCGGAGUUAAAGACAAAUAUGGAAAUUAUAGAUGGAAUUGUGGGGGAACAUUAAUUACCGGAUGGUACGUUUUGACCGCUGCCCACUGCCUGAUAGUAGAUAAUCGAACCGUCGAAUACGUGAGACUCGGAGAGCACAGUUUGACCAACGCAACGGAUUGUGCCAGAGAUGUUUGUUUGGACACUCCCGAAGAUAUACCAAUUGCAGAAGUUAUACCCCAUGAAAAAUGGAAUACGACAACAAUUAAAAACGACAUCGCGCUUUUACGUUUAUCAAAAAAUCCAUUGACGUUAGGAAAAUCUAACAUUUAUCCAAUAUGUCUUCCGAUCGAUGUUGAAAAAUUAAAUAUAACGUCCACGUCGAAAUACGAAGUUGCUGGAUGGGGUAAAACCGAUUGGAAUGCGGAUGAAGGUAGCGACGUCCUUCUUAAAGCAAGCAUAUCAGGUGUCAAACGUGAAGAAUGUAACAUAUGCAGAGAUAAGAAAAAACAACAAUAUUGUCCGAUAACGGAUACGCAAUUGUGCGUACAAGGUUGGAAAGCCGUAGAUGUUUGCAAGGGAGACAGCGGUGGUCCACUCAUGUUGACGAGGUUAAACAUAUAUCAAAUCGGUAUAACUUCGUUUAAGGGAUCCGAAUAUUGCGGUGCUGAAAACAUACCAAGCAUAUUUACUAAAGUCGAAAGUUAUCUACCAUGGAUAUUAGAUAAUUUAAAAGAACCUAAGUAG